GGAGGACUAAAAUGUAUACCAGGUAUAAGUUUAAGGACCAUUACUCCUAAAAUGCAAAUUGAAUGUUUAAUGACUGAAAAUGCCAAUCGAGCACAAGAUGAAGGACUAUUGCUAAAAUUAGAUAGAGAUAGGAAUUUAAAUUUAUGGUUUUACCCCGCAGAAACCCAGAAUCUAUAUUUUUGACAACAAUGUCGUGGCAGUUGAAAUUCCCAAACCCAGAAAUCCAAAACACAUCUUGACAGGCAAGACUCAUAUAUACAUCACAAUAAAAGGAGUGCGUAAGAAGAGAAAGUGACAGAAUAAACAAAAAAAGGAAAAAAAAAGGCUCACAGAAAAGAGAAAAACAAAAAAAGAACGAAAGCCCCACGCAAGCAGAGCAGAGCAAAGCAAAGCAAAACAAAGAUGAACAUCGAAACCUAACGGUCCUCGCGUUGAACCCAAGGCCUUCGAAUCACCGUCUUACUUUUCUCGCCUCUUGCUUUCCUUCACUUCCAUUUCUCAUUUUCCUUGCAACCAAACACACACCAGUCCUCAUUCACUCGUCGAUCGCCGCGUCCUCGUAAUGCAACCCAUUGGAUUUGUUCUGGGUAUUCGAGCCUGCCGUGGAUAUGAUCCGAGAGACUAGAAUUGCUUAAUUGAGGAAUUGAUUUGGGUUUCUGGGUUUGAUUGGAAAUGAGCACGCAGAGGCAGCAAGUGCCCAUCCGGGACCUCGUUGAGGAAGCCAAGAAGCGGAUUGUCUUUCUCGCCAUUUGCGUCAUUGGCUUAUCAUACCUCAUGUCUUUGACAAGCUCCUCUGUCUGGAUCAACUUGCCUGCUGCUGCCUUCUUGAUUGUCCUCCUUCGUUACUUAUCACUAGAUUACGAUAUGCGAAGAAAAGCUGCAGCAUACAACAGCAGACCAUCCUUGGCAAGUACUACUUCCCAAAACAAACCUAUUCAAUGGCCUAACACUAGUCAAAAAUCCGAGUGGAGAAGGAAAGUCAAUUCUCCUGUUGUUGAGGAAGCUAUAGAUCACUUCACCCAGCAUCUAGUUUCUGAGUUUGUGACAGAUCUUUGGUAUUCUCGUCUAACACCAGAUAGACAAGGUCCAGAAGAACUGGCGUGCAUCGUGAAUGGUGUUCUUGGAGAAAUUUCAGGACGCAUGAGGAAUAUAAAUCUAAUUGAUCUUCUCACAAGGGAUCUUAUUAAUCUCAUAUGCAAUCACUUGGAGCUUUUCCGCGUAGCACAAGCAAAGAUUGAAAAAAAACAAUUAGGAUUGCUGACAAUUGAAAAACGAGAUAUGGAAUUGAGACUCGUCUUGGCUGCUGCAAACAAAUUGCAUCCUGCUUUAUUUUCUGCAGAAUCUGAGCACAAGGUCUUGCAGCAUCUGAUGGAUGGCCUUAUAUCUUUUACAUUCAAGCCUGAAGAUUUGCAGUGCUCUCUCUUCCGUUAUAUUGUCAGAGAGCUUCUUGCUUGUGCAGUAAUGCGACCUGUCUUAAACUUGGCUAGUCCAAGGUUUAUUAAUGAAAGAAUUGAAUUGUUGGUCUUAAAAAUGACUGAGGCCAAAAGUGUUACUGCGGUACAAGAGGAAUCUCGAUCCAAACCAGAGGGCCCUUCGAAGAUUUCAUCCGAUCACUUUUCUAGGUUCUUAGAUCCUUCUGUUACUGGUGUUGAACUUGUGCAAUUAAAAAACGGCCAAUCCAGAACUUCUGCAGAGACACGUGUGACAGAAAAUGCGAAUGGAUCAAAAGAUCCACUGCUUAAGGUUGAUACUCAGUCUUCCCGUUCAUGGAGCUCAUUGCCAAUGAACUCCCAAAAUAGCAUUGAAAGAGGUAUAGAACGGAACCACUUGGGAGGAGAAUGGGGAGAUAUGUUAGAUCUAAUGUCUCGCAGAAAGACUCAAGCCCUUGCUCCUGAAAAUUUCGAAAACAUGUGGGCAAAAGGGAGAAAUUACAAAAAAAAGGAAGGUGAAAAUUCGAUAAUUGAGCAGUCUUCGGGAGGGAAGUCAGUUACAGUGGACCAUACUAUGGAAAAAUCUAGGCCCAAAGACAAGGAAAUUGUAUCUAAGCUCAAUCUUUCUGAGAGAAGCACUUCUCACUCUGGAUGCACCACUCAGUUGAAGGUAGAAAAUGCUUUCCGCCCUGGAGCUCAAAAUAUACCAAAUCACUCUCCAGUUGCUUCAGAUCAAGGAGAUGAUGAACGCAACCACAUGCGGUUGGAGGAGGUUGAUUCAGGAAGCAGUACUUCUUAUACUUCUGAAGAUGAAGAGACAGACAGUGUAACAGGUCUUGAUUCUCCUGGAACUAAAGUUUGGGAUGGUAAAAGUAAUAGAAAUAUGCCAUUGUCUCACAUUCAUCACCCACUUGAAAAUUCAGAACGCCGUAUUACGAAAAGGACUGGUAAAGGAAAUCUUCACUUUCAAAGAUUGCCUAAAGCCCAGUCUGGCCAGAAAAGAUCUAGACCAAGCAAUAAGAAAGUACCCGUUUGGCAAGAGGUUGAGAGAACAAGCUUCUUGUCUGGAGAUGGACAGGACAUACUUAAUUCGCCAAAAGGACAUGAAAAUAUUGAGGAUUCCAGCGAUGAUUCUGACAUUGAAGGUUUGGGUAGAGUUAACAGUGGGGCAGCCACUUCUUCAUCUGCAACUUCUCUAUCUUUUGCUGGUAGUCAUAGUCUGACUUUUAAUUCCAUGAAAAAUUCUAUGGCAGUGGAUUCUUUUUUCAAGUUGAAAUGUGAGGUAUUGGGUGCAAAUAUUGUGAAGAGUGACUCAAAAACAUUUGCCGUAUAUUCCAUAUCUGUUACGGAUGUAAAUAAUAAUAGUUGGUCAAUCAAAAGAAGAUUUCGUCAUUUUGAGGAGCUACAUCGUCGUCUAAAAGAGUUUCCUGAGUACAACCUACAUUUGCCUCCAAAGCAUUUUCUGUCAACUGGUUUGGAUUUAGCUGUCAUUCAAGAACGAUGUAUAUUGCUUGACGAAUAUGUAAAGAAGCUUAUGCAGCUUCCAACAGUUUCAGGAUCCAUUGAAGUUUGGGAUUUCCUAAGUGUUGACUCCCAGACUUAUGUAUUUACAAAUUCCUUUUCUAUAAUCAAAACACUGUCAGUUAACCUAGAUGAUAAGGCAUCUGAAAAGAGUAAACAGGUUUCAAAUUUUGGUGGGCCUGUGACUGAUCCGUUUUCCUUGAAGAGGGAACCUAUAGGCACCAGAGUUAAGGAUUCUGCUUUACAAUUGAAGAAUAAUGUUGUGGCAGAUGGGUUAAGAGUGAACACAAAAGGCUCUUCUUCUCCGGUCAAAAAUUCUGGUAACGAUUUUGGAAAGUCACUUGGUGCCACUGAUUCAGAUACUAGAGGAAGAAAAGAUGCAUCUUCCCUCACAAACUUGGGUAAGACCAUACAAGGAAGAGACGAAAAAGAAAUUGAAUUGUUUGUUGAUACUGAUACAGACCCUACCCUUCCUACAGAGUGGGUGCCUCCAAAUUUAAGUGUUCCUAUCUUAGAUUUGGUGGAUGUCAUUUUUCAGCUCCAAGAUGGUGGAUGGAUCAGGCGGAAGGCUUUCUGGGUGGCCAAACAAAUACUACAGCUAGGGAUGGGUGAUGCCUUCGAUGACUGGUUAAUAGAGAAAAUCCAGCUUUUGCGUAGGGGAUUGGUGGUGGCUUCUGGGAUCAAGCGAGUUGAGCAGAUACUAUGGCCUGAUGGAAUAUUUAUAACCAAGCAUCCAAAGCGAAGACCACCAUCCACCAACCAAGCACAAAAUUCACCUCAGGGCCAGAAACCUACAGAAAUAUCAUCACCUAGAUUUGUUGAGCAGCAGAAACAGGAGGCAGAUCGACGUGCAAAGUUGGUUUAUGAAUUAAUGAUUGAUAAUGCACCUGCAGCUAUUGUCGGUCUGGUUGGUAGUAGGGAGUAUGACAAAUGCGCCAAGGAUCUCUAUUACUUUCUUCAGUCAUCUGUUUGUUUGAAACAACUGGCUUAUGACCUUCUGGAGCUGCUGCUUAUGUCGGCAUUUCCAGAGCUGGAUUAUGUGUUUAAGCAGUUGCAUGAAGAAAAGCAUAGAUUUGGCGAGUUUAAAGCGCAAUAGUGGGUCAUUCUAUUUGACGAUAAAUUUUGAGAUCAAGUAAGAACCAUUGCUCUGCAUAGUUUCUUCCUCAUCUGGAGCAUAGCCUGGCAACAUGAUUCUGUGGUCUGGUUUGGUUUUUAUGCAACCGAAUUCGUUGCCUUUCAUUUGUAUUGGCAUCAAGAGAAUCAAGUCAUUCUUGUCUGAAUUUUGUAAGUAGCUCUUUAGUUAGCAUCUUGAGGAAAUUCAUUGUAAAUCUUGAGAUUAGUGCAAAUAUACAAUACCUCAUAUUCAGAAUCUUUCGGCCUGAUUCAGGACUUAUCUUUUUUUUUUUU